AUGCACUCGCUCGGGGAGGAGAUCCGAAGCUUCUCCAGGGCGAACCUGCGGAAGCAGUGCACCAGGGUGACGACGCUGACAGGGAAGAGGAUCAUCGAGACGUGGCGCGGUGCCUGCGUGCAGGUGGUGGAGGAGACGGGGCCCGGCGAUGGCGGCGGCUGCGGCUACGUGCCGGACCUCAGCUCCGACCUGCAGGUCGGCGUCGUCCGGCCCUGGCUGCUGCUGGGGUCACAGGAUGCUGCUCAUGAUCUGGAGACAAUGAAGAAGUAUAAGGUUACUCAUGUUCUAAAUGUAGCAUACGGAGUUCAAAAUGCCUUCCUCAAUGACUUUAUAUACAAGAGCAUUUCUAUUCUGGAUCUCCCAGAAACUGAUAUCACCUCCUACUUCCCAGAAUGUUUUGACUUUAUUGAGAAAGCCAAGAUCCAGGAUGGUGUCGUACUAGUUCAUUGUAAUGCAGGAGUCUCUCGUGCAGCAGCAAUAGUCAUCGGUUUUCUAAUGAAUUCAGAAGGACUCAGUUUUGCUAGAGCCUUUUCUUUGGUGAAAAAUGCAAGGCCUGCUGCUUGUCCAAAUCCUGGCUUCAUGGAGCAGCUUCACAAGUACCAAGAACACAAUAAAAAGGCAAAUGGAAGCAUAAAUGAUCACAACUGAUCAAAAGGGAGAAGUGAAACAAUCUGUUUUGACUAUACAGUAACAGAUGUUGGAUGUACUUUAAUCUGUCAUUUUGCACUUCCCUUUCACAUGUCCAUUUUAAAGUCAUUCUCUACACAUUUUUAUUGUGUUCGCCCCGCCCCUUUUUUCAGAGGCCAAAUGUGUUCUACUAACUUCAGAGAUGAUUUGGCCCAAGAACAAGCUCUUCCUAGAGCAAUGAAAGAAAGAUAAAGUUCUCUUUCCUUGCAAAAUUAGAGAAAAGAGUGAUGGGCUUUACUGAACCAUCAAACAAUGCAAGCAAUAGAGAAAGGACAUAAAAUUAUAACUGAGAUAAUAAAGUUGCCCUGUUUACUUUAAUACUAAACCAAAUCUUUAUCCAUUCUAGUUGAUUGUAAAACCUAGCUAAUAAAAUGUUCCUGUAAUAAAGUACCUUGCUAUUAGGUCUUAAAUUGAUAUUGCAAAGAAAGAAUAUUUUAUUGAAUUUCAUGGGCUAGCCAUCCAAUAAAUAUUUUUAGAAAUUGAACCAGAUGGUCUUUUGAUGGAAGUAAAAAAGCGUAGGAUGCUUUAAUGCUGUAUUUCUUUUUACUGUUUCCCAUCAAGUAAUGAUUCAAAGUGCACUAAUAUGAUGUUUUUGAAGUGCCCAAACCAGACCAUCAGUUUUCAUUUUGGUAGAUUGUUUCAGGGGAGAUAUGAAAAAUGUUUAAAGCAGCAUAUCUCAGACUUACUACCUUUUCUUUGCAUGCAGUCCUCCGCUGCUGUCCUCUCACUCCGUUCAGCAUCACCUAAAAAGAACAGAUAUGAUGGGAUAAAUAACUUUGGCUUUUUGUCUUGUUAUCCUCCUGCCAGAUCUCAGGCUGGAAUAACCAUCUUAAGGUGACACAUUUAAAAAAAAAUAGUCUGUAAAAGAUUUUGUUAAUGUAGUUAGUGUUUUCUGUGGCCUUCACGCCAGCUCUAAACUGCUUGACACGUUAACAUAAAAUAAAAGAGUACUGUGUUUGGAUAAA